CAGCACACCGGACCAGCUCGGAAUACACUCCCAAUUACAACUCCUCAUCUUUCCAAACCUCCAACUGCACCUGGCUUUGCUCUGAGGGCAUUCGAAACGAGCAAAAAACUCUCCAAAGGGGCUUGUUGUUGGUUUUAUAUGUCUUCCUAUUUUGUUGUAGUAGCUCCUAAAACUCGAAAUUGCCCACUCCUCCAAAUGCUUCGCCUGUCAUUUGCGGAGACAGUUUGCAUGUGGGCAUAGCCUGCGCUUCUUAGUCUGCGCACAAUAGCCUGCGGGAGAAAGGUUGCCCGGGGGUUUAAGAAAUCCCUCUCUCUAUUUUUGGAAACGCGCCCAAUAAUUUUCCACAAUGGCUGAUGCUAACGCAGAAUGUAACAUCAAGGUGUUGUGCCGUUUUCGUCCGCUCAACCAGUCCGAAAUUAUCCGUGGAGAUAAGUUCAUCCCAACAUUUCAAGGAGAUGACACUGUCAUCCUUGGGGGGAAGUCCUACGUGUUUGACCGGGUGUUCCCCACCAACACCUCCCAGGAGCAGGUCUACAAUACCUGCGCCAAGCAGAUUGUCAAAGAUGUACUCGGUGGAUACAACGGGACCAUCUUUGCUUAUGGGCAGACAUCCUCUGGAAAGACACAUACCAUGGAGGGAAAGCUUCAUGACCCCCAGGGAAUGGGAAUCAUUCCCAGGAUUGCAGAAGACAUUUUCGAGCACAUAUUUGCAAUGGAUGAGAACCUGGAGUUCCACAUCAAGGUGUCCUAUUUUGAGAUCUACAUGGAUAAAAUCCGGGACCUGCUGGAUGUGACAAAAACCAACCUGUCAGUGCAUGAAGACAAGAACAGAGUUCCCUAUGUGAAGGGUUGCACUGAGCGCUUUGUCACAAGUCCUGAGGAGGUGAUGGAUGUCAUAGAUGAAGGCAAGGCCAACCGUCACGUUGCUGUCACCAACAUGAAUGAGCACAGUUCCCGCAGCCACAGUAUCUUCCUAAUAAACAUCAAGCAGGAACACGUGGAGACGGAGCAGAAACUGAGCGGGAAGCUUUACCUGGUCGACCUGGCCGGUAGCGAGAAGGUCAGUAAGACAGGUGCAGAGGGAGCAGUGCUGGAUGAAGCCAAGAACAUCAACAAGUCUCUGUCUGCCCUGGGGAACGUCAUCUCAGCCUUGGCCGAGGGAACGAAAUCCCAUGUGCCAUACCGUGACAGCAAAAUGACUCGCAUCCUACAGGAUUCGCUGGGCGGCAACUGUCGCACCACCAUGUUCAUCUGUUGCUCUCCAUCCAGUUACAACGAUGCAGAGACAAAAUCCACCCUGAUGUUUGGCCAAAGAGCCAAGACCAUCAGGAAUACAGUAUCAGUCAACCUGGAGCUCACAGCAGAGCAGUGGAAGAAGAAGUACGAGAAGGAGAAGGAGAAGAACAGGUCAAUGAAAGAGACUAUUCAGAGACUGGAGGCUGAGCUGAGCCGCUGGAGGAACGGUGAGGAUAUGUCCGAUUUUGAGCAGCUGAGCCCGGGGUCGGUGGAGGCCCGUCUGGUUGCUGCUGAAGCUGAGGAGCCGCCUCUUGACAUCUGCAGCCCCUGCAGCCCCUGCUCGCCUACCUCCUCCAUCGUGGUGCGCAUCUCUGAGGAGGAACGGCAGAAGUAUGAGGAGGAGAUCCGCAAGCUUUACAAACAACUGGAUGACAAGGAUGAUGAGAUCAACCAUCAGAGCCAGAUGGUGGAGAAGCUGAAGGAGCAGAUGCUUGACCAGGAGGAGCUUCUGGCAUCCUCCCGGGGCGACAGUGAGAAGGUGCAGUCGGAGCUGGGCAGGCUGCAGACAGAGAAUGAAUAUGCUAAGGCGGAGGUGAAGGAGGUCCUCCAGGCCCUGGAGGAGCUGGCGGUCAACUAUGACCAGAAGAGCCUGGAGGUCGAGGAGAAGAGCAUGCAGAACAAGUUGCUGGCUGAGGAGUUGGCCAAGAAAAUGGCCCGACUGAUGGCACUGGAGGCAGAGCUGUCCCGUAUCCAGGAAGUGAGCGGCAUCCAGAGGAAGCGCAUCGCUGAGAUCCUCAAUGGGCUGAUGAGGGAUCUGAGCGAGUUCAGCAGCAUCGUUGGAAACAGGGACAUCAAGCUGCCCAUGGAAAUCACAGGGGUGAUCGAGGAGGAGUUCACAGUUGCUCGACUCUACAUCAGUAAGAUCAAGUCGGAGGUGAAGUCCAUGGUGAAACGCUGCCGCCACCUGGAGAACCUACAGGUGGAGUGUCACCGCAAGAUGGAGGAGACGGGCAGAGAGCUGUCAUCGUGUCAGCUCCUCAUUUCGCAGCAUGAGGCGAAGAUCCGCUCUCUAACAGAGUACAUGCAGAACGUGGAGCUGAAGAAGAGACAGCUGGAGGACAGUUACGACUCGCUGAGCGAAGAGCUGGCCAAACUCCAAGCUCAAGAGACAGUGUCACAGGUGGCCAGGAGAGAGAAGCAGACGGCUGUCCAGGAAUCUGCUGAUAUAAAGAGGGCUCUGGAACAGCAGAUGGAGUCGCACCGCGAGUCACACAGUAAGCAGCUUGGCCGCCUGCGAGACGAGAUCAAUGAGAAGCAGAAGAUCAUCGACGACUUAACUGACCGUAACCAGAGCCAGCAUCUGGAGCUGGAGCAACUGCACGAUGACUUUGAACGUCUCAGGAACCAGGAGCAUCACAAGAGCCGGCAGCUGGAGGAGCUGACAUUUCUUCAUGAGCGACAUGAGCAGUCCAAGCAGGAUCUCAAAGGACUGGAAGAGACUGUCGCUCGUGAACUCCAGACUCUCCACAACCUUCGUAAACUUUUUGUUCAAGACCUCACGACUCGAGUUAAAAAAAGUUCAGAAAUGGAGCCUGAUGAUAGUGGCGGGUACACCACCCAGAAACAGAAGAUUUCCUUUCUUGAAAACAACCUGGACCAGCUUACAAAAGUUCACAAACAGCUGGUACGUGACAAUGCAGAUCUUCGCUGUGAGCUUCCAAAACUGGAGAAACGCCUUCGGUCUACGGCUGAGCGAGUUAAGGCCCUGGAGGGCGCACUGAAGGAAGCUAAAGAGGGAGCCAUGAAGGACCGGCGUCGCUACCAGCAGGAGGUGGAGCGCAUCAAAGACGUGAUGAGAGCGCGCAACCCCCUCCGCAGGCCCCACGCCGCACAGAUCGCCAAGCCUGUGCGUCCUGGCCACUACCCAGCAUGCUCUCCCACAAAUCCCUUCUUCAUACGAGGAUACAGCGAUCAACCCAUUGCAUUCAGCAACGCUCUGUUCAGCAACAGUAACAACCAGCCGGCUGCUCCUGCAGCUCCUGCGGCUCCUGCUGCUCCUGCGGCUCCUGCGGCUCCUGCUGCUCCUGCUGCUCCUGCGGCUCCUGCUGCCCCAGAGAGUGAGCCCGGAUCACCACAGGCCAACUCCAACCAGAACAGCCCCAUCAAGCAUAUUGAUGACCAAAACAACGACACGCACGACGAUGUUCAGGACAACAUGCUUUCAGCUGAACCAGCGAGCCAAACAGACAAGGCCGCGGAGAUGCUUGAUUCAGAAAACGGAAACACCACAGAUAUCAAUGACAACAGCAUGUCUCUGAAUGUGAAUUCUGUGUCCAGAAGUAACGUCUAUGGUAAUCAGGAGCCAGCCCAGCGCUACAGCCGGCAGCCGGAGGCCUCGGCCAGCUAAUAGUCCCGAGCAGGUGGCUGUUUCUUCUGAAGCCUCUUCUGUAAAUCCGCAUGCAGCCAAACACUGUCCUCCCAGCCUCCCCUACCUCUCUCAUCCACACCUGUAGUAAAUAGACCUCCAUCUUUUUUUCUGUCCCCUCCCUCCCAGCCCCGUCUCUCUGUAUCCCUCCUCCUUGUCCCUGCUUGCUCCUCUUCAGUCCCCCUUCGUUCCAGCACUUUGUAGAGGAUGUGUGGUAGGUGUGGGCAUCAGUAGGAACCCUGGCAAAGCGCUGUCUAGACCUGGCAGCUUACCCAUAUUGCUCACUAAACCCCUUCCCUCCCUCCCCACUCCCCCAUUAGUUAGAAUAUGCAGAGACCUCAAACAGGAGGGUGGGGGGGGGAAAGAGAAGAUGCAGUAAUAUGAGAAGCCACUAGGUCGUGCUGUUUGCCUCAGUGCAGUAGGCACUGUGUAGGUGAAGCUGAAGAUUUUGCCAUAAACAAUGAUUUUACAUGAAAAAAAAAAAAAUGAAUAUGAGUCAGAACUUAAACCAUCUUGAGAAAAAGAGACAACAGCAUAAACCUUUAGCUCACUUUACUAACACUUUUGACUCUGCAAUAUGGUCUUCUUUUUUAUUUUUGGCCUUUAUUGUUCAUUUUUAUUAGUGGCUUCAUUCUCCUGUUGUAAAAUUAAAUAGGAAAGUCAUAAAAGUGGAAGAGUGAGCUGUGUUUAGCACAAGAAGAGGGACAUUACCAUGGAAAGUUCCAGUUCUAGAGACCAGCACAGAGGCAAUAUUUAAAGGCAGUAUAAAUAGGAUUGCCUACUAGAAAAUAAAAGCUCAUCAUUACAGUCAUGAUCACAGUCCACUGAAGACCCAAAUGAUUUCUGGUUCCGAAGCAAAUCCCAAUUUAACCUGAGGGCUGAAUUGCCCGUUUGUCCCAAAGAGUUUCUCAUGCAUCCCUUAAAUAUUUUAGGCUAUUUGCAAUAAGAAAUGAAGAGAAAUCCGUAACGCUUUGUCACAGCAUGUGGUAAUUUAGUCAGCACCAUCACAGGCUGUGCUGUCUGUGCAUUUUCUCCCCUUCAACAGGUGUAUUAUUGACCUCACCUCUGGGCCAAGCUCUUGACACACACAUACAGAGGUUGGACAUACACACACACACACACAUACACACACACAGACCUAGACACACGCACAUAUACAGUACAUAUACACGCAGAGCAGAGCUUGAGAGCUUGGCCAAGCCUUAAUUCUAGACACUUUCUCACAUCAGACCUUUUUUUACUCAAAUUAAUAAAACAUAGGAAAAAGUAAAUUUAUAUAUAUGUAAUUCCUCAUGGGUAAGACACAGUAAUUUUCUAUUUUUCAAUCCUUGGAGGAUAUAUUUCAGAUACGUAGAUCCCUUAUUACAGUAUGCUGUUUGCCUCUCGUUAGCUUCACAAGAACAGUAAACCUGCCAUGUUUUAGAUCAUAGUGCCAAGCUAAUAGUCCAACCUGCUCUGCCAGUGGCACUGUGUCACUCAGUGCCACAAGAACCACGGUGGUAAAAGCAGAUAAGAGCAUUAUCAGUGGUUAACAUCAAGCGACACAGCAUGUUUGACAUUUUACACUGUAGCACAACGCCUUCUGAAAUUUCUUCUAACAACUACAGUAGAGCUGUAGGUAAGGUUGAGGGGAAGGGAAACCUAAAAAAACACAUCAGACUCCUGAGCGUUUAUAGAGGAUCUUCAGUGUCAGAGUAAAGAGACCUUUAAUCUGUAAAUUGUCCCAACACAAAUUGCCUGUCAGGGAUUGUCUUUGAGCUGUUCAGUCAUUGUCAUUUCAUUCAAGAGCAUGGAAGAUUAAAAAGAAAGUGAGUGACACACUAAAAAAAAAA